UACUUAAGAUUCUUAGUUACGGUUUGACGCUUUACUGAUCACCACCGCACAACGUUACGCAAAGCUUUCGAAAAACAACCUGCUCACUCGUAAAUAAAAUCGAGGAUCCAUACGUUUACUCAUAGAACUGACAAGAAGCGUGUGCCAUUCUUACGCGCUAAUAGGAAACGAAAGAAAAGUAACCGAAAAACGUAAUUUUAAUAUGCAAACAGUGUAAACACAGAGUGUAGUAGUAAAAGAAAUACUUGUAUUUAAAAGGAAAAAAUAAAAAAUCUCCAUAAAUGUAGUUGUACGUGACUUUUCUUUUUCUAAUAAACAUAUUUGACUAGCAUCACCUCCACCCACACCGCUCAUUAUACACACAUCUCUAUGCAUUAUGUCAUUUUCUAUGAAUAAAUUGAAAUCCAUUUUACCUGGAUCUCAAAAUGGUUCUGCAGGCUCGAAACGUCAAUCGGAAAAUUUAGAGCCAGAAAUUGGCUUUCAAAUCUCUAUAGAGACCAAUGCCAGUGAACAUAAUGGUGCCAAAACCGUUAUACCCGAGCUACAUGUAAAUUUAAUAGCAGCCCGCCAUCUGCCGGCUUUAUUUGGUUUCAAAAUUGUCCAGGGUUAUUUGAUCAAGGUAAAGCUUUUCCCUGGCCAUAAACGUUUGGACAGCAGCAUUCAAACAAAUUCAUGGCCAAAAUUUAAUGAAACAUUUAAAUUCCCAUUGGCACCAGCUAUCAAACCCUCAUUGAAACAUUCAUCACGUCGUGGCAGCAAAUCUGCAGCAGUUAACGAAUUUACGCCUGAAGAACUAUUUGCUGGACAAUUUGUGGUUUUUACAGUUUAUGCAUUAUUGGAAUUACCGCCAACGUCAUUUAAUCGUUUUAGCAAAACGUAUCGUUCCCUAAAAGAUAAAAGUUCAAAUAUAAUGCAAAAUAUGUUUGAAACUACUCCCGAAAAACCCAACAACGAUGACAAGGAGAAUAAAACCAAAGAGCAGGAUAAGAAAACUAAACGUAAAUCUCAAGAUGCUAAUCCUAGAGAUUCCAUACCGCCACUGACAAUUAGUGAAUCGAGAAGAAAUUUAGGUUCUGUGACUUGUUAUUUGCAGCCGAAACUUUUUAAACCAAACUCGCGUGGCAUGUUUGCCACAGAAGAACUUUGGAUGCCUAUAAAGGAUAUAAACACUACGGUGAAGAAGCCAUCUAAUGACAGCAAUAAUAAUCAGUUGGCCAACUCUACGAAAGGUGUUGUUGAACUUAUACUGCAAAUACAAGAUUGCAGUGAACCCAUCGAUCCCACCCAUCAAGAAAAUGGCAGCACUUUAAAUAUGGAGUCUUCCACACUCAGUCUUUCAAAUGGCAAAGAGGGCAAAUCAGCGCAAUCCUGGAAUCGUAUGACUUCCGAAAUGAAACGUAAAAUGGGCAUACGAAAUGUCAACACCAAGACCUCACAUGGAUUGGCGCUUAAAAUCACCACAGCGCGCAUGAGGUGCUCGAAUAAGGUCAAGGACGAGCUAGAGGCCACCGCAGGCAGUGUUUAUGUUAAGACCACUGUAUUUGAACAUGGCAUUUAUAUAGAUUCCUGGAAAUCUAGCAAUUUUUACCCCUCACUCUCCACCAAAUGGGAGGUGGGCAGUGUUGAGCCCACCAUUACGAUACCGCUACAGAGUUUAGAUCAUUUAGAUAAUAUUUUAAUAAAAACCACCCUGGCCACUAAGACAAAAAUGGCAAAGAAACUAGUAUUAGGCACAGUUGUAGUGGGUGGACCGUGUGCUGGUUCAUCCAUUUCUGACACUGGUGCUGAGCAUAUGGCAACGCUCAGAGAGACAGCUUUAAAUGAGCGUGUUGCCAUGUGGCAUUCUUAUCAAUAGGGAAAUGUCAUUUAAUUUUGUAAAAUUUUUAUUGUUUUCAUUAUUUAUAAACAUAUGUAUGUAUCUUCUUUAUUUUAAUAUAUUUUUGUUUAAUUUUAAUUGUUAACGAAUUCGAAUUCGAAGAAAAAAGAAAAGCAAUGAAAAGUAUUUUAUUAGUAAAACCAUUUGUUUGGUAAGAAAUUUAUAUUAAAUUUAAUUUAUUUUAAAUAAAUCUAAAUCAGUGAACCAAAAA